AUGGCGUCGAUGAGGUCCAUGCGACUCCACCUUGGGCUCUGGCUGCUGGCCGUGGCGGCGCGGUGCGAGAGCAACCACAGCGUCAUCGUCGUCGCCGGCUUCAGCCACACGGGCACGCACCUCGUGUCUCACGCUCUGGAGGCGCUGGGGCUGCGGUCCCAGGUGCGCGCGUCGCACGCGCCGACCAUGGACUGGGCGCAGUUCGAGACCGUCGACGCCGUGCUGGACCACCCGGCCCAGGGCGCCUACGCCGAGGUGCUCCGGCGCUUCCCGAAAUCCAAGGUCGUGCUGACGACGCGCGACCGGGCCCGCUGGCUCGAGAGCGUCGCGCGCACGGCGUCCGGCCGGCCCGGCUGCGGGGACGCCUGCGGCGUGCCGCCGCGCGCCGUCGAGCGCCUCGAGCGCUACGACGCCGCCGUCGCGGCCGCGGCGCCGCGGGACCGAUUGCUGACGCUCGACCUCGAGGCGGGCGCGGCCUACGGCGAGCUCUGCGCGUUCGUGGGCGUCGACGCGUCGGCCUGCGCGCCCGCGGCGACGACGCUGCCGCGCAACGUCGACCGGGAGCGCGACGAGGCGCCGCGGGCCGACGAGGCCUUCGGGGGCGUGCGGUCGCUGCUCCGGGCCGCGCGUCGAUUCGAGGCGCGGAGCGCGCGCCCCGUGUCCUGCGCGUCGUCGCUCGUCGUCUACCCGGGCUUCGAGGCGCUCUUCGACGACGUCGUGGCCAUCCUGGACCGCGACUGGCGCUUCGGCGGCGAGCUCCGCCAGUUCCUGCCGGAGGUCUUCGUCGUGGACCGGUUCCUCCGGCACCCGUGCCGCGCGCCGUUCGCGCCCGGGGCGCCCGGCGAGGCGGCGCGGAGCCGCGGCGCCAUCGACGGGCCGCCGCGGCUCUACUUCGUGCCC